AUGGACGUUAAGUGCUCUUUUAGCUCCUUAGUCGGCGGUUCUUGCUCCUAUGACCCCAGAGAUAGGAGCAGAUCAACUGAGGUUAUUCCAUUUCUGGACUGCAAAAGAGACAUCGCGGGUCAUAAGUCUUCCUUGUCAAUAACUGACGUAGAAACCGAAAUCGAACUUAUUUUGGGAAGAGUACCUACAUCCUUUUCUUCGGAGUUAGACCUUUCGGAAUUAACGAUUUGUCCCCGGCACCGCUCAUCCCUUGGUAUUGGGUGGCGUCGAGGAUCGAGUUCCUCCGCCAAUCUCGAAGCACGGCGGACAAGCCCAAAAAACCCAAAGGCAGAAAGAGGACUUGGCAAAAGUGCUUGUUAUUUGAUAUGGAAGAAACUGGGAAUUUUUAUUCCAGUUGGUUCAGGUAUGUAUACAUCAUUUUUCAUCUUUUUCAACCAAACAGACCAGCUCUAAAAUGGCGGUCCAAUCUGACACUUCGAUUAAAGCACUUUGUAAGCACUUUUCUUUUUUUUUUGUUUUGACUUUUUCAAUAAUUAAGUAGCCGUGACGGUGGCAAAUUCAAUAGCCUUUGUUUAUUUGCGUGUUUCUUUUCCUUCCAUUAUUCUAACAUUUUAUAUUAGUGAUUGUAGCAGCAAAAAGGUAAAUUUAGAAGCCUUCACCGGACUCCUAAAAUUACAGCUUUUUAAAGCAGAUUCCCUGAUGGCUUAUAGAUAGUUACAGGGAGACUCAGCCCCUAAAGGGUACCUUUAUCAGGCUUCAGGUAUAUCAAAAGGUAGGGAAUUGAAGAGUUGAAGUAUAGGAAAGGGCAGGAAAAUCUAUCAUUUAAGUUUUUUAAAACAGGUUCCCUUACUUGUGUAAAUUAAGACCGUAGUUGUUCAGAAUAGUGAUUAUAUCGUAUCAGCAAAAACCUGCAUUUUCCAUCGAUUCACUCAACAGGUAUUUGUCGCAACUGCCGGAUAAAUCUUGACAUGCAGAAAAUAGGGGAGGUGUCCACAAAGCUUCCGGAGACCAAGAACCUUUCUUACGAGGAAACUGAGACCAUUGAGACUUCUUUAAGUUCU